ACUGCACUUCAUAAUGCAGGAGGGUUUUCAUGAAAGGGGUUGUAUCCUGAAGAGUUUAAAUCAAUCCAGUGAUUAGAUCAGAGGUUACAUUGAUUUUGUGUGGUUGACCUGACACGCUGGAGUAUCAUUUUAGUUUUUGAUUGGUGGGUUUCCUUCCCAGCAAGAUCGUCAUGACCUCCAUCCGGAACCUGCUGCAGCGGGAGAUUUUCACCCCUAAAGAGGAGAGGCUGCUGGGGAUCGUUCAUGUCUGGAAGGGGGGCAAGAAAAAGAAAAACUCAAUUCUGUGUGCAGCAGUGACUUCUGAGCGCCCUGUGCAGAUCUCCCUAGUGAAGGUGAAGUCAGACCGCUGGCAGUAUAAGCAGUCUACAUGCUGGGCAAUGGAGGACCUGAUGCUGGUAGAUGGGAAGGAUGCAGUCAAGGAUACAGCUGAGUUUGAUUUCCACUUGAACAAGGUUUAUAAGUGGGUAGCCAGUAGCCCUUCUGAGAAGAUUGCAUUUAUGACCUGCAUGUGGAAACUCAACCAGCGAUACCUGCAGAACAAAGUCAAGUUCAUCAACAUCAGCCCUGACAUCCUGCAAGAGACCCAGGUUCUGGAGGCCGAAGUGGGGACAGGUGAGCCCGCUGGAGAAGGGUACCAGCAUCUGACGGCCAAGGAAGCAGCAGACAUUGAGCUGCUGAUGGAGCGGAGUGAGCUGGCUGUGUCUGAUGCUCAGGCCUUUGCAGAGACACUCAGCACUGACCUGCAGGUGCUUGACAAGGCUAACAUCAUGGCGAUCAUGGAGUCAGAGAAGCAGGUUAGUCAGCUGGUCCAGCUGAUUGAUGAGGGCCUGAUGGAGGUGCUGUGUCUGGAGAAUACUCUCCGUGUUCACGACGAGCUGCUACGCAGCGUCAAAGAGCAGAUGGACAGUAUCCACAAAAGCAACUACUGGCUGCAGGUCAUCGACAACAACCAGAAGAAGCUGCAGAGAGAGGUCACCUAUUUAGCGGAUAGUCUGACCCUGAAUGAUAAACAUGUCUGGGUUUUGAAUUAUGGAAGCCUCGACACCACUGAACAUGUAGAGGCUUGCAGCAUUGCUGCACAGGCUUUAUCCAGAUGUGCAAACACUAGCCUGGCACCAGAGCAACGCAAACUACAAGGUGUGGCUGAACAGUUAAUAAAGUUUGAGAGCCUGCGACAGAACUUUGAAAAACGCUUUGUCAGUCACCUCAACAAAAUCAUUGUUUUACAGAGGAUGGACCAAGGUGCUGCUCCACAUGAAGAUGGUGCUGAUUUGGUUUUGCCCCAACACACAGCUUUCCACCAGCAGCUGCUGCCCUAUGUGUCACUCAUGGGCUGGCUCAGGAACUCCAACCCUGUCAUCUUUAAUGAGCUGUACAAGGUCUAUGCUGAUAACUCAGGCAAACUUUAUGAAAAGCAAAUGAAGGCUGUAUUUGACCUGGCAAGGUUCAAAGUGUGUGGAUUUAAGGACAGUAAACGAUUGGGUUUCCAGGACAGUCUUGACAGAGCGACCCCCUCAAGUUCCAACCUGCCCCGGCCUCGACUGCGCUUCUCCACCACUGACCGGACAGAAGUGGACAUGGCUCGCAGGGUGGUGGUGGAUAAGGUGCUGGAAUUGGUACUUACAGAGCUAGAACCUGUUUGCAUCGCAGAGCAGGAGUUUCUCACUUCCUUCUUUUGGUUGGAGGAAAAAGAUAACAAGCAAAACCUUUUUGCUGAGACAACUUUCAAUAAAAGAUGUUCAGAAGCACCAGGAUCUGACAAGUCUAUGUAUGAUGAGCUGGAGGAGGUGUCAGACCCCUGGGUGAGUGGGGUCCUUGGCAAUGUGGAGCUGGAGCUGCGGACUUUGGUGAGCCUGUGUGACAAGGUGGACCUGUUCAGCUGCCUGUACGUGCUGAUGAGAACGGGUCAGCAUCUGGCCAUCAACCAAAACACUCCCUGCGCCUCCUUCCUCAACGCAGUCCUCAACCACACCCUGCAGCUGGGCAAGCGCAACUUUCAGCAGUGCAUUGAAGUUCUAUAUCAAGAGAUUGAGAAUGCCAAGCUUCCUAAGAAAGUGAAGAUUGGCAUAUUGCCAUUUGUGACUCGACUCGAGGAUUUUGUCACGCUGGCAGAAAACGUACUUGAAAAUACUGAGGGACGUGGAGAUCUGGACAAGGCCUACAACAAACUUUUUUAUGCAGCCUUUAACAGCAUUGAAAACAUGGCUCUCCAGACCCUAAAGAUGCCCCUUAAUGUGGUGAUGAUGGUAAACUUUCACCACAUUUACACAUUCCUGCUUGAAAUGAAGGUACCCAGCCUGGAGACCACGAGGAAGGAGGCAAAAGAGAAGUACACUCAGCACCUGGAGCUCUUUGUCACCACUUACCUGGGGCUGCCCCUGGAGAAACUCAAUGAGUUCUUUGAUGGGGUGAAGGCCUGCGUGGCUCAUGGGAUUAAAGAGGAAGAAGUACAUUUCCAGCUGGCCUACAGCAAGCAGGAGCUGAGGAAGGUGAUAGAGAAAUACCCGGGAAGAGAGGUGCGCAAGGCACUGGAGAUGCUGUACAGGAAGAUCAACAGGCAGCUCUCAGAGGAGAACCUGCUGCAAGUGGUGUGGAGAGCGAUGCAGGAGGAUUUCAUUCGUCAGUACCGCGUGAUUGAGGAGCUGAUUGAGCGCUGCUACCCGGGGUCUGGAAUAUCCUUGGAGUUCACUGUGGAGGACCUGCUGCAAUACUUCUCUGCAGUCACCUGCUGCAGCCCACGAUAGACAAGGAGAGUGAAGAGCAUGACGGGCCAAUAUUACAGUCAAGAACCUGGCUAGAGCACAGACACAUGGAACAUGUCUCUCUGACUAAAAUGCAAGUUACAGUAAAUAUUCUGAUGUAGAAUUUUAGUAAGGUAUCUCAUAUAAGUCCAGAUGUUUCAGCUGUACUGUGUAAAUAAUUGCUGAAGAAUGCAUUUGCACAGGACGUUUAACCAAAGUACUGUUUUAUAUCUUUGUAAUUACUACAGGGGAUUGUAUCAGAUUGAUGCAACGUGUCAUGUUAUAUGUAGUUUUUUUAAAAGGCCACAUGUUAUGAUGGCUUUGUGAUUCUGUGUUUUUAUAUGUUAAGUGGUAUGGUAUAUUGUAUAUAACAAAAGUUUUAUAAUCUGUCUUUGACCACUUUGUAAGCAAGGUUCUAUACUGAAUGUAUUUUUAUUGCCGUUCAAUUGUUUGAAUUGUAUUUUUACAUCCACUGUUAUAAUUGUAUUAAUUUAUUAAUAUUUUUGGCUUAUAUCAUUUGGCUACACAGCCUCCCCCUCACUGAUAACAAUCUUGGGGUUAGCACGCAAAGCUGACAAACCUUUCACAUUCUUUUAGAGAGGUCCCUCCAAGGACAAAAAUAUUGAAAAUAUUAACACAGCAUUGGUUAACAGUAAUCUAUGAAACUGCUGUUUUUCUGUGUGAUUUUCAUGUAACAUUUUGUUGUUGACUUCUUUAACAAUUG